AUGCCGAGACCAAAAUAUUGCCAAUAUCCAACGAGACACGCAGCGUCUACAUCAGGAGCAAAAGGAGUUAGAGUAGUCUCAUUGAAAUUAUCCAUGUUUUUAAUCAGUCGAUAUGGUAUCACGGAUACUCGUGUUCAUUGGCUCUGUCCUAGAUGUCAUACAUUGGAAUCAAGUGAACUAAAAAUUCAUCAACCAAUGCGAAUCAACAACAAUCGAAGCCUCACUGAUGAUGGAUAUACGGUAGAAGAUAUUUCUUCUGGUGAAGAUGAUGAUGAAGAAGUCUCGUAUGACACUCUGGAAGAUGAGGAUAAUGCUUACAUGAAUGAUAGCAUGGAAGGUGAUACAAAAGACAACGAUGAAGGAACUGAUGCUGAAUCAAUGGAUGAAGAAUCAGAUUAUGUUUCUUAUGAUCUCGAAUAUCAAAAAAAAAAAGCAAUAGAGAAAUUAUCCACUAUCUUCCGAUUAUUGGAUAUAAAACCAAUUCACGAUAAAGUGACUGUUCGUCCCAUUCGUGCUAAAAUCGAUGAAGUAUACAGAUAUCUUCAUGGAUUAUGUGAUGUGUUAGAAGGACAAUCUCAAGAUCAACGUAAUGCAAGUCUACAUAAUUUGCUGCUUAGUGAAUCAAACGAGCAUUUGGGUGGUCUGAAAAGGUUGUUCGAUGAAAGCGAUGACAAAGAACAAGUCCGUUUGAUGACAAUCGCACCUCAACAAUGGGACCGAAAACAAGUCGAAAAAUGGUAAGUUAUUUAUCCUUAGUAUUUUCCAUCAGUAAUCAUCAUUUUAUUUGAUUAUCUUUCACUUGGCAGUUUUCUAUUGUUAGGUUUAAUUCAGGACAAAACCAGGCUUGUCGAUCACUCGUUCUGAGAAAAAACGGGGGAGUUUUAGCUUAUCCACAGUGCUUACGAGGAAAUUUGCCUUAAUUCGAUGCAACAUUUGACGCUGUGGUUAAAUUUUACUGCGAAGAUGAUAUAAGUCGAGUGUCAUCUAAUGUCAAAGACACGAUCCUCAUCAAUAAACAACCAGUACCGGUUCGAUUUAUGGAAAUGACAGUCUUAGAUGCUUAUCGAAUAUUCAACGAAAGACAUUCUAAUGCUGUAGCACGAUCGACUUUCAACUCACUUCGACCUCGAGAAGUCAAAAUAGCCUCACCACAUGAAACAUGUAUGUGCACUACCCAUGAAAACAUGGAUCUUCUUUUAAAGGUUUGUCCGUAUUGUCAAUGAUAUUGAUUCACUUCUAAUGUCCGACUCAUAAUAAGCUUGGAACAACUACUAUCAAAAGUAUAUUAAAAAACCUUCUACAGGAAACGAUGGCAAGUUCAAUCUAAAGGAUCUCAUCUCUCGAAUGAUUUGCACGACUGAAACAGAAGAUUGCUUUAAUGGAACAUGUGAGAACUGCCAAGAAGAAGGAAUUAUCGACAUUCUCAUCGGUAACAGUAUCAUUGGCAUCGACGAUGAAUGUUCGUGGACGAUGUGGAAGAAAAUGAAAAACAAAUUCGACCUCCAACACAUAAUCGGCUCAGUUGAUUCUCUUCUAACUACGAUCGAAGAAAGUUGGCCGGCAUUUCUUAUCCACACCUAUUAUAACAGACAGCAACGUGAUUAUAUCAAGAAAUUGCGCACCCGGUCAGUGAACAAACCAUUUAUCGUCGCUCAUAUCGACUUCUCGAUGAACUACACACUCAUCCGCCAGCGUGAGGUGCAGCAGGGCUUCUUCAGUCAUCAUCAAGUCACAUUGUUCACUAUCCAUCUGACUAUUACACAAAAGCAUCGCAACUUAGCGAUAAUUAGUGAUCACCCUAGUGAAAGUACUCAUCAAGCGAGUACGACUUUACAGCAUGAGUACUCAGAUUACUCGAGUGAGUACUCAAAAAAAUUCCCGAGUAUUUUCACUCAUUAAGUACUCUCAGUAGUACUU